GCAUCGUCGUCAACCAGACCAAAAAGACAACUUGUCAAGGCGGCGUGUCAAUCAUGUCAGAAGCGUAAAGUAAAGGUAAGAACUGCCUUGGCUCGGCUCCACGAACCCUCUGUAUUGACCAAAUGGCAUCCAGNNUGCAGCGGUGAGCGUCCUAUGUGUAUGCUCUGUCAACAAAGAGGUCAAUCUUGUGUCUACGACUCCGAAGCGGGCAUAUCACGAGUCGAAGCAGUGCGCCGCCGGAACAAAGAACUGGGAGAACGAAAUUCUGACUUUGAGCUCGUCUUCAACGCGAUACACUCUACUCCAGAGCCUGAAGCGUUUGACCAUCUUCGUCGUCUGAGAGAGUGUCCAGAUGUGGAAACCUAUGCCAAAACGCUCCGCAAAUCGCGCCCGUCCGCGAAGAAACGGCCGUCAGAUCAUUUGAACGACUUCAUGGAUGACAGCACAAUGUCAAAUCUAUCACCCAUGUCGGCGCAGUCUCAAGAUCAACAGGAUGGCGAUUCGAACAUCUAUACAGACCCUCUUCCCAUGACAGACUUCACAAGCCCUGGUCAGCAACCCGCGUUGAUGAUAGAUCCUCGCCUUGGCCAGCAGACCUUGUACAGCUUCCCAGGCAACAAUGAAAUAUGGCCGUUCCAAGAUUCAUCCAAUAUUCAGCAGGAAUCCUUACAACCCAACAUUCAUGACUGGACGAAACCACAUAACCAAGCUGAAGCUGGACCUCCUCCGAACCAUUACCUUUACGAUGUACAGAUGUCCCAGCCUAGUUGGGUAGAUGGCAACGUCGAUCCUAGGACUGGCCAGCCCAUGAGUCGAAGACAGUCAAGAUUCGAAGGC